AUGUAUCACAAGAACGCCACCGAUGUUUCUGAAUUCCUCCUCCGAGGUUUUCCGUUCCAGCCAGAGGUCCAAAGAUUCCUCUUCCCGCUCUUCCUCUCCAUCUAUCUGCUCACCCUCCUGGGAAAUGUAACCAUCAUCUUGUUGAUCCGCUCCGACAUGCAGCUCCUCCAGACGCCGAUGUAUUUCCUCCUCAGUCACCUUGCCCUCGCUGAUCUUGGCUUUACCUCCACCACCAUUCCCAAGGCGCUCGAUAACUUGCUCUCUCAGAAGAAGACUAUCUCCUACUGUGGUUGUCUGGCCCAGAUGUAUUUCUAUAUAUCUUUUGGCAACUCAGACAGCUUCCUGUUGGCUUCCAUGGCCUAUGACCGCUACGUGGCCAUCUGUUACCCACUGCACUAUUCCUCCAUGAUGACCCACAAGCGUUGUCUCCAGCUGGCAGCAGCGUCCUGGACUAUCCCCGUUAUCCACUCACUGCUUUAUACUCUUUUGAUGGCCCACCUUGAAUUCUGUGACUCUAGAGAGAUCCCUCAUUUUUUCUGUGACAUUUACCCGGUUCUAGAUGUCUCUUGUUCUAAUACCGGAAUCAUAGAAAUGUUACUAGUGACCGAGGGGUUGGUGGAAGUACUGGGGCCGUUUGUGCUCAUUAUCAUUUCGUACGCAUUCAUCUUCUACACCAUCAUGAAAAUUCCAUCUGCCGCUGGGAAGCGCAAGGCCUUCUCCACGUGUGGGUCCCACAUCUGCGUGGUGGUCUUGUUCUACGGCACCGUAAGCUGGGUGUAUUUCAAGCCAAAUUCCAAGAACUCAGAGCGUAAGGACACGGUGGCAGCUGUGAUGUAUACCAUGGUAACCCCCAUGUUGAAUCCCUUUAUCUACACCCUCAGGAACAGCGAGAUGAAAGCAGCCAUGAAGAGGGUCCUUAAGAAACAUUUUCAUUAA